AUGGUGGUGCAGGACAGUGCAGACACCAGGGGCACCAGCGUGGGCGUGCCACUGGAGCCCUUCCUGCACCAGGUCGGGGGCCACCUGAGCCUGAUGCAAUACGAUGCCCACACAGUAUGCAAACCCCUCAUCUCCCGGGAGCAGAAGUUCUAUGAAUCCCUGCCUCUGGCCAUGAAGCGAUUCACCCCACAGUACAAAGGUACCAUCACCGUGCGCCUCCGGAGAGACAGCAGAGGUCACCUCAGCCUGGUUGCCCACCCUCUGAAAGAGAGCCAGGAGCCCUUCCAGGCGUCCCCAGAAUCGGCCGCCAUGACCAUCUGGCAGUCGCUUCAGCAGACCUCCAGCAGCAACGGUGGCACCUACCCCCUGGCGCAGCUGCAGCAUGCCCAGCUGGCACACUCACUCAAGAAAAGCCCAGCCAAGGCGCUCCUGGAGUCUGAGUUCCACCUCGGCACCCACGUCUCCUCAUUGGUGGAAGGCGCCAACGGGAACCAGACGGAGAGUGCGAGCUUUAACCCUUGGGGUCUGCACUGCCACCGGGCCCACCUGACCCGCCUGUGCUCUGAGUAUCCAGAGCACAAGCGGCACCGUUUCCUGCUGUUGGAAAAUGUGGUGUCACAGUACAAGCAGCCCUGCGUCCUGGACCUGAAGAUGGGGACCCGGCAGCACGGGGAUGACGCGUCGGAGGAGAAGAAGGCCCGCCAUAUUAAGAAAUGUGCACAGAGCACCUCUGCCUGCCUGGGCGUGCGGAUCUGCGGCAUGCAGGUUUACCAAACUGACAAGAAGCACUUUCUGUGCAAAGACAAGUACUACGGAAGAAAGCUCUCGGUGGAGGGCUUCAGACAAGCGCUUUCUCAGUUCCUACACAACGGACGCCGCCUGCGGACCGAGCUCCUGGAACCCAUCCUGCGCCAGCUCCGGGCACUCCUCACGGUCAUCCGGAGCCAGAGCUCUUACCGCUUCUACUCCAGCUCCCUCCUCAUCAUCUAUGACGGUCAGGAGUCGCCAGAAAGAACCCCAGGUGGUUUGCACCCUCAGAAAGCCCACAGUGGUCCCGCAAAAGUCGACAUCCGGAUGAUUGACUUUGCUCACACGACCUAUAAGGGCUCCUGCAACGAACACACCACCUACGAGGGACCAGAUCCCGGCUAUAUUUUUGGCUUGGAAAACCUCAUUAACAUCUUGCAGAAUCUCCAAGAGGGAAAAUAAAAUUCUCAGAAUUCUCUGGUCUAUAGAUUUCGCAGAAGGACCCACCAUUAACUAAGGUAGUCGAGAGUCUCCUUCUAUGUCUUUGGAAUAAUCAUAUCUACCUUCAAAAACCAUCUCAACACAUGCAGACAAUGUUGACAGCUGCUGAGGAAAUCCACUGUGCAGGCAACCCCCCCCCCCCCCACCAACCUGGCAUCUUCUGUCAAGCGGCUCGUCUUGGGAUGGGCAGACAGUGAGAGCAACACCAUGGCGGCGCCACGGGAGCGUGCGGCCUGCGUCAGGCGCCAGCGCUGCAGCUGUGGGUAGCGAACGCUUUCCUGUCACGCUGCAGUCCCUACAAGCCGUGGGGGGGUGGGGGGGGCUCUUGGAAGAAACCUUGAAGAAUGAGUUUCCACCCACAUUCAUGGCUUUUCUGCUGUGUGGCCUGCCCACUCUGCGGGCAGACAGAGCUAAUGAAUGCCUCUUACCCCCUGCGAGGAGCUGUGCGCGGGGAGGAAGGAGUGGAGACCAUUUGCCGUGUCACCUCCUUUGUACAAAGGAGGACACGGGCUGGCAGGUGUCGCUCUGCAGAGACCUGUUUUGCAUGUGUGAGGGCCUGGGUUCCAUUGCCAGCACCCUAGGGUAAUAACAGUAAUAAUAAACAAAUAAAUGGGUGGACGUGAGCCCUGACAAGCCAAGACUUGUGUGUGGAGAGUACAGUCCUCACAGGCUUCUCAGUGCCACACUGCGACCACAAAAACAGAACAAAGCAAAACAACAGAAAAAACUGAUAUGAAACGCAGCUUCCAGCAGGGGCAAGUGCUCCCAUUAAACUAUAUUCUCCAAUUUCUGUUUAUUUUUUUUGGGGGGGGUGGCCUGGGGGAAUCAGAGGACUGAGGAAACCAGGGUGAUGUUUACAAGCUUGGUAUGCAAGAGUACCUAUGAAACAAGAACAAAUGCUUUAAUGAAUUCCUUCUUCUGUGGUGUGAAAACCUAUUACAAUGCCCUUGAGUCAAGCACUGAGCUACAUUUCCCAAUUAGGGAAAUAAAUUUGUUAAUAAAAUUGCUGAGGUCACCAGUGAUUAUUGGUGUGCCUUAAUAUC